AUGGGGAUGGUCGUCGAGCGUGGCUUCAUCUGCCAGCAGCUUAUCGUCAUCCAGCAGCAUCGCUUCAGUACCCACCACAUCUUCCAGCAGCAUAAUAUCGUCAAGCAGUACCUCACCAUCGAGUGUCCCGGCAUCUUCAAGCAGUGUCGAGUCACCAAGCAGCACCCUAUCAUCCCCAAGCACCCCGUCCCCAACUCCAGAUACGCCCUCGCCCACCCCAACUUCGAGCCUUCUCUCCUCUCCCUCUCCCACCCCAACACCAACACCAAUAUCCUCCCCGCCCCCAUCUCCAUCAUGUUCCACUGCGCCCGCCGCCCUUGUAUAUUUCGCGUGCGACGUCGUCUCGGCCGCAUGUGA